GAACCAGAUGCCUAGCACUAUAGAAGGCCAGAUAACAAUGGAGAAGACGCCAAGUUAUUUCGUCACAAAAGAGGUGCCGCGAAGAAUCUACAACAUGUCAAAGGACGUGCGGCUAGUUGUCGUACUAAGGGAUCCAGUUACCCGUGCAAUAUCAGACUAUACGCAAACUAAGACCAAACGACCUGAGAUCAAAUCAUUUGAGGGUAUGGCAUUUAUGAACAAUUCAACUGGCGUUGUCGAUACGUCAUGGGGUGCUAUAAAAAUUGGCGUUUAUGCCAAACAUUUAGAGAGGUGGUUAAAAUACUUCCCACUAAAACAGAUCCAUUUUGUGAAUGGUGAGAAACUCAUAUCAGACCCAGCCGGGGAAAUGGCGAAAGUUCAAGACUUUCUAGGCAUUAAAAGAGUCAUCAAUGACAAACAUUUUUACUUCAACUCAACUAAAGGUUUUCCAUGUUUAAAAAAGCCAGAGGGCAGUGGUAGCCCACACUGUCUGGGUAAAACUAAAGGACGCUCACAUCCAACUAUAGACAAAAAAAUCCUGCAGCGACUACAGGACUUUUACCGACCAUUUAAUGCUAAAUUUUAUCAGAUGGUAGGUCAGGAUUUCGGCUGGCCAUAGCAGUCUUUUAUUUGUAGAGAAACAGCGAAACUACGCAUGCAGUAGCGCCAUGGUAACGAGAGAAUAUAAGGCGUCAUGGUAACUGCUGAAUCCACCAAUCACAGCACUGGGUUGAAGGUUUCUACAGGCAUGGCUGCAGGCUGCAGGCUGCUGACUGUAAAGUAUAUUGAUGGUGCUCAAAGUCAUGGUCAAAUUGACACCUUUACUCAUAUUAUGUCAAAUAUCAUUGAUAGAUGUCAGCUCAUGUACUGUAUAUCUGACCUUGACCUUCAUGCAUGGUAACACAAAGAGAAACCUGUCAAUGGUAGAUGACAAAAGAUCAUUUAUAGAUGGCAUACUGGCUGAGUCAAGCUUCAUGUACUGAUGAAUAUGUGAAUGAAUAUUCCAUCUGUAUUAUUGCAUAUGACCAAUAUACCUCUAGGCAUUCAAAUGUGACCAGGUGAUAGACAUCCACCUAUAUCAGAAUGCCACCCCAGCCCAUGUAAAACGUAAGUUGUUGUACAACAUGUACAAAUCAUCCAAGUGAAAGGUCUGUAUUCCAAUAUGGUUAUGAUGAAGUAUGUCCUCAAUAUUGUUAAAAGAUUCUAGCAUACUAUAGUAUAACCAUGGAGAAAUACAACUUUCACACCUUAGCACACUGAUGGUUCAGGAAAACAGUUUUCUGAAACCACAAUGUGAGAACUAUUACUCAAUUUUCUGAGUAAAUCUGUAUUUAAUUAAUAUAAGUGUAAUGAAACAUCCAUUGCGGUUACCUUGUGUAUGAUAUAAAUUAUACAAAUGUAUAGGUUAGAAAACUGGUAUUAGAAGCAUAGAGAGGCUAUUGAUGACCACAGUGUCAAUGCAAAUGCUAAUGAUUAAUAGGGCAUCCAUUUGUAUCCUUGUCACAUUUCUAAAUGAGCAUGUGGCAUUUUAAGGGUCCACUAAAGUGUGUACUUGUGUUUUCUAAUUAGUAUCCAUGAUGUGGUUUGAGCAGUUAUCCUCACACAGAACAAUUAAAGCAGAUUGGAACACUUUAUUGGUCUAUAAUGGGUCAUUUCAAGCCAUUAUGCAAAUUCUUCUGACCUACUCACAUCUGCUGCAAUCCUUGUUCUUUGCCUUGUGGAAUAGGGUAAAGUAGAUUUCUUUAAUGCUCAUUGGGAAUGAGGUAAAUGUACUCUGAAGAACUUGGUAUGAUAAAUGAUGUGGUCACUCUUAGAAAAUUGUUUGCAUGGCCCAAUGUGCUAUUUUCCUUAAACUCAUUCCAGGUUCAUUUCCUUUGAACAUUGCACUAUUGAGAUGGCAGUUUGAAUCUGAAUAUUCUCAUCUUGCAGUGAUUCCCUCAGUUUAGUACAAGGUGUAGUAGUCAGGAACAUGGAGAUACUACUAAUUAUGACACAAGAUAAAACAUAGCUGUGAAAUCACAUCAAAUUGGAAGGGCUUUGAACUGGUAAUUUAAAGCAAAUAUUCAAUUACAAAUUUCAAUUUCCCUUCGCUUGUAAUUACAUUAAUGUCCAAAUUUACUCAGUAAAUUUAUCCGUCUUAUUGUUUUAAUCAACAACUGAAGUGGUGAUAUCUUGUUAUAUAUUCAAUCUAAGACAAUGUCUAUACUAAGACCGCCCUUUCGCGGACUUAUCUCUAGCUUAUGCUUUACGACAUAAGCUAUUGGAUGGACCUCUCUAUCUUUUAUGUGUUCAUGCGGCCAUUUUGAAAUUCGUUCAUGUCUGGUAAUGUAUUUGUUGCAUUUCAUUAGGAAACCCAUGAAAAGCAAGUGGUUUAUGUAAGAGUACUAAGAAAUAGUUAAUUUACACAACACCUUGGGAUUAACAUGGCUUCCAUAGAAAUGUAUCUAAUGAGCAUAAACGAGUAAAUCACCCAUUGGAUAAACAGAUUAACAGCACAACACCUCUGUUCAUUUAGAAAGAAAAAUAUUUGACAACAAUUUCAAUUAUUUUUCUCCUUCAUGAAUCCUUUUGUGUGCUAAUCUCACACUGUAUUUUGUUUUCAUAUUAUAAGAGCAAUUUCAACACAUUUUUGUCUGUGUGCACCUUGCUAGACAACUACCUAUUAAGAUAUGGCUUGGCCCCAUACCUGUUAUCCAAGAUUAAGCCAGUUAAUAAAGCAUUGCUAUAUGGGAUAAAACUGGGUUUUAAUCAAAAAGGCCUCAGUGACCUCCAACAACUCUCUUUGAUUCUUUCACAUACAGUUUUUGUUAAAGCAUCAUAAGGCUAUUAUCAUUUUAUGGUUUGGUUUUCAUCAGUGGGUUAUUUAUGACCCAAAUAGUUAUGAUUUUCAUUUGAAACUAUUAUAUGUCUCUGGUAAGGUCAUGUUGUCAGAUUUAGUCAUAAUACUGUUGGGAAUAUAGUUGUUAAGGUGCUGUCGAGGGUGGCAGUUGAUUAGUGAAUCAGUUUCUAAAUCUAAUCAUCUACUGAUUGUAUGCCUUGUAUUGCCUUACUCACCCAUCUCUGUCUCUAAUCUUACCUGAUUUAUCCAUUUAGCAUGCCUAUUCUAUUGGUCACAGGUUUUCCAUGCAAAUUGCAAGCUCUCAGGCAAAAAUUGUUCAUUACAUGUACAUCCCAGUAUGAAUUUCCUAAUUUUAUUAAAAAAUUCAUAAUAUGAUU